AUGCAAUUGGGUGGGUGGGGUGAGUUCCGCCGCGUCCUCGACGGUGCCAGUCUCCGCGUCCCUGUGUCCCUGAUCCUCCACGGCCCCCUCCGAUGCCGUUUUGAUCUUGAACAAGAGGGAUUUCGCGUCCGAGACGCUGUACGGCCGUGUGCCGCGUGUCUGGCCCUCAACAGAAAUCACCAAUUGAAGCGUUCAGCCGACGCUGCUUCACUGCGAGUCGCUGCGACACAGCGAGUCGCGACAGACCCAAGUGUCAUUGUCCCCUUCCGUUCUGCCGAGGGACUUGAGCGUGCGGGACACGUUGAGCUCUUUGAGCGGCUCAAGGUGGUCACAUCCGCAUUGAUCACCGAGCGGGCAGAUCGAAUAGCGCGGACAGGGAGAUUAAGCGGUGGACAUCCCUUUUCCAGGCUGAUAGAGUGCCAGCUCAUCAACCCCCGGAAGAUGAUGAUGAUCGGGCCAUACCUCAUCAGCUUCCCUGCACUGUGCGCGCUGAGCAAGCACAUGCCCCAUGUCAACAUCUCGUCCCAGGAUCUCAACUACAAGGACAAACAGAACCAGCGCGCCACUCUCAAGGAGGCUCUAUCCAACCUGGAAUUAGCUGUACGGCCGUGUGCCGCGUGUCUGGCCCUCAACAGAAAUCACCAAUUGAAGCGUUCAGCCGACGCUGCUUCACUGCGAGUCGCUGCGACACAGCGAGUCGCGACAGACCCAAGUGUCAUUGUCCCCUUCCGUUCUGCCGAGGGACUUGAGCGUGCGGGACACGUUGAGCUCUUUGAGCGGCUCAAGGUGGUCACAUCCGCAUUGAUCACCGAGCGGGCAGAUCGAAUAGCGCGGACAGGGAGAUUAAGCGGUGGACAUCCCUUUUCCAGGCUGAUAGAGUGA